AAAAAUACCGAGCGGAACUUUGGUUUUCAAGGCUGCAGGCUUUAGUUCUGAAUUGAAGUCAAACUGAGUCUUUUGUAUUUUUUCCAGAAAUCCUAGCGAAAACAUUUUGGAACCAUGUGGUUGAUUCGAAAGCUUUGAAUUAGCGAGAAGCCUUCAUUUGAUACAAAAAUUUGUUUUUGACGUGAAUUUUCGAUGAUGCACAGGACUGUUAAUUCGGCCAUGACUUGUGCACUUACCUGCUGUUGUCGACAACACUGAUUAUGCCACUAGCAGGGAUCAGACAUGCAGCGUGUUUAAUUGCAUCGACCUUGCACUUCAGUUGGGAUUAGGUUUCCAUCUUUCAAAAUCAUUAUUUCAGGAAUUAUUGUGCUUUAUAUGCUGCCUGCUUCUGGAGCCAACAUGCCAUCUCUGGAAGAGGAGUUUGAGGAGAUAGAUAAGGCCAGUUCGUGGCAUAAACUGUUCCAAGCAUUACGGAACAAAAGUGGCAAACAUACUCCAGAAUUCAGUAUAAACGAAUCGAAGAAACCGGAAAGUUUAAACCGCAACCGCUUCAAAGAUGUACUGCCUUAUGAUCGCACAAGGGUUCUGCUGCGACCUUGUCAGAAAGGAUCGGAUUACAUAAAUGCCAGCUAUGUUAAAGUCCCUUCAGCGCGCCGGUCUUACAUAUGCGCUCAGGGUCCACUUCCGGCCACCAGUGUCCACUUUUGGGAAAUGGUUUGGCACGAGAACGUCUCCGUAGUUGUGAUGCUAAAUAACUUGAUUGAGAAAGGCAUGCCGACCUGUGCAACGUAUUGGCCAGAGACAGAAGGAAGCUCGAUAAGUUUUCCAGAUGACUAUGGCUGCCACACGUUUACUUUAACGCUGACAAAAGAAAUCACCAAUCCCGUAUUUAUCACCCGUACAGUCAAUGUACGGUAUCGAUCUACGGAUGGCUCUACCUCGAAAGAACGAGUUCUGCAGCAGUUUCACUUUAUUCAUUGGCCGGAUUUCGGUGUGCCCCAGUGUCCCGAUGAAUUUCUUGACUUCCUGACGGCAGUUAGACAGUCAGGCUGCUUCGACGUAGAUGUGAACAAGGAGGAAGCCAAUCCUGUUGUUGUGCACUGCACAGCUGGUAUUGGCCGAACAGGAACGUUCGUUCUCGUGGAUGUUUGCUUGGCCCUGUUAUCACUAUAUCGGGUCGUGGAUAUUCCUUCUCAGUUAGUGGAGCUACGUAACAUGCGUAUGGGAAUGGUGCAGACGCCAGAACAACUACGCUUUUGUUAUCAAGCAAUAAUGCGUGGGAAACAGCGCGCCUUAUUGGAUACACCAUCGCCAGCCGUGGCGACAUCCAAACAACGCCCCGACAAAUUAGAGUUGAAGCCAGUGGCUCCUCCUCAGAUGUCACCUUCUUGCUCAGAUUCUCAGCUUCCCGCUUCGCCAAAAUCGCCGCGCCGUGAACUGCUCCGCCAGGAUGGUCGUACUCCGUCACUCGAUCAGCUGGAGAAGCAGAAGGAACAGAACCGGAAACGCAAAUAUGAGGGCAUGAACGGUGAUGUCCCGUUGGUGGACGAAGAAUCUCAACUGUUAGACGGAGCUCUGGGCGGUACAGCAAGCCCGGCCAUUGUUAUUAACGGUAUUAACCCGGGAUUCGCUGAACAGCAGAAAAGGGAUGCCGAAAUCCGUCACAGACGGAUACAACAUAAUGAGCAGCUGAAGGAAAAAAUUAAAAUCAUACAGCAACACCAACAACACCCUCCCAACGGAUUGUCAGCAUGGAAAGCCUGGAUGAUUAAACUGGCAAUUGCCGGCUGUGGUCUAGCGGCUGUAUGGGUUUUAUAUCGCACUCGUGUCAGCUCGUAAUUCUUUAUACAGUUUGACUCGUUUGCAGUUGCCCAAUGCAGUUGGCACUCUGUUUUUGUUAGACAUUUGUACCGAAGAGUCACAGAUUUCAGCACGGUUGUUUACACGAGCGGGUUGGCUUCGUUAUACAUAGUUGAUUGUAUUUUCUUAACUGGAAAAGUCGGCUUUUUAUUCUUAUUUUUGCGCCAUGUAUGUACAAGUAGGCUAGAAGAGGGACAAGUGGAAAUAAAAACUGAUUUUUGA